UUUGUUAAUAUUUGUUGCGCCGUGAAAGGAGGCCCAAGAUGAAGAAAGUGAGGUUGCUAUAGAAACAAGGCAAGCAAGGCGGCCUCAGCGAGAAACUGUAGGGCCAAGGAGGAGGAGGAGGAGGGAAGAAUCCGAUUAAAUUAAGAAUAGAGGGGGAAAAAAAAAGAGAGACGUGUGAAAGGAUUCAUAUAAAAAGCGAGUUUGCUGGAAACGGAGGAGAAGGGAGGGCGGCGACCUCUAAAGUAGCGAUGUCUGAAAUUAGGGUGUCUUCGUUUGGAAGCCUCUAUGACAACACUUCGCUCCUUCUGUGCUGCAAUGAUGACAACCUGUCUGCCAGCAGCUCCAUGGAGGUGGACGACCGUCUCUUGUACCUGGAGCAGAGGGUGCAGCUGCAGGAGGACGAGAUCCAGCUGCUGAAGGCGGCACUGGCUGAUGUGCUGAGGAGGCUGGGCAGCUGUGAGGAGCAGAGCCAGGGCUUCGGCAAUAGAGGGGGACCCACGAAAGUUUGUCAGAUACUUCAGGCCUUACCAUCCAAGCCCUUCUGCAAUGGGUAUCUACCACAGAAAAGAACGGGGGGAUACCCCACCUCCCCGUCCUCCCCCAAGAAGGAAAUGGUACUGUCUGGUAAAAGCAAAACCAAAGAAACUCUGUUCAGUGUUGAUGACGGCUACGUGAAGAUGUUUCUCAGGGGUCGUCCCGUCACUAUGCACCUCCCUGACCGACUGAAAGGCAGCUACAGCCUGGAGACCAAAGCGCAGCUACCAGAGCAGAAGCUCAAACUCCAGUGGGUGUAUGGCUACCGGGGGCGGGACUGUCGGUCGAACCUGUAUCUCCUGCCCACGGGAGAGAUUGUCUACUUCAUCGCCUCGGUGGUGGUGCUGUACAACGUGGAGGAAGAGCAGCAGAGGCACUACCUGGGGCACAACGAUGACGUCAAGUGCUUGGCAGUCCACCCUGAUAUGGUCACCAUUGCAACAGGGCAGGUAGCAGGAACCUCCAGAGAUGGCAAGCAACUGCCCCCUCACGUCCGUGUCUGGGACUCUGCCAGUCUCAACACACUUCACAUUGUGGGGAUGGGCGUCUUUGAUCGUGCAGUCGCCUGCGUGGCCUUCUCCAAGUCUAACGGAGGGACCCACCUGUGUGCAGUAGACGAUGCCAACGACCACACCCUGUCUGUGUGGGAGUGGCACAAAGAGAAGAAGCUGUCUGAAGUGAAGUGCUCCAAUGACUCUGUGCUGUCUGCCAACUUUCACCCCAUGGAUUCAAACCUCAUUCUGACCUGUGGGAAAUCUCACCUCAACUUCUGGACCAUUGUAGACAACACUCUGACCAAAAAGCAGGGGCUGUUCGAGAAGCACGACAAGCCGAAGUACGUGCUGUGCAUUGCCUUCGCGGAGAACGGAGACGCCAUCACUGGUGACUCCAGUGGGAACAUGUGCAUCUGGGGGAAAGGGGGUAACCGGAUCAGGCACGUGGUCCCUGGCGCUCACGAGGGGGGGAUCUUCGCGCUGUGCGUGCUGAAGGAUGGGUCCCUGGUGUCGGGAGGAGGAAAGGACAGGAGGGUGGUCCUGUGGGACCGGGAAUACCAGAAGCAACAGGAGCUGGAGGUCCCAGAGAUGUGCGGGCCGGUCCGCUCCCUGGCAGAGGGAAAGUCCGACAGCCUGUUUGUGGGAACGACUCGGAACGCUGUUCUUCAGGGGUCUUUCUCGGGAGCCCUCCGCCCCAUCGUGCAGGGACACAUGGAUGAGCUCUGGGGUCUGGACUCCCACCCCAGCAUGGAGCGGUUUGUGACCUGCGGCCACGACAAACUCGUCCACCUGUGGGACGUGGCCACACACCAGCCCCUCUGGACCAAACUGAUUGAGGAUGGGGCCCGAUCGGCAGGUUUCCAUCCCAGCGGAUCGGUGGUUGCCGUGGGAACUGUGACUGCAAGAUGGAUGGUGCUAGAUGCUGAAACAGCAGACCUAGUGUCCAUCCACACGGAUGGCAAUGAGAUUAUCUCCAAUGUGAAAUACUCACCAGAUGGAAACUACCUCGCGGUUGGAUCACAUGAUAAUUUCAUUUACAUUUAUGCUGUAACGGAGAACGGCAAGAAAUACAGCCGUGUGGGGAAAUGCACGGGUCAUUCCAGUUUUGUGACUCAUUUGGACUGGUCUAACGACGGCCAGUGUAUUGUGUCCAAUUCUGGGGAUUAUGAAAUCCUGUUCUGGAACCCCUCAAACUGCAAGCAGGUAACCAGCGCAGACACUGUGCGCAACCUGGAGUGGGCCUCCUCCACCUGCGUACUGGGAAUUGGAGUCUUUGGUAUCUGGCCCGGUGGUGCAGACGGCACCGAUAUAAACGCUGUCUGCAGGUCACCAGAUAAAAAGCUCCUGGCCACCGCGGAUGAUUUUGGCAAAGUGCUGCUGUUCUCGAACCCCAGCUCCCAGCCCCGGGCCCCAAGCCAUUCCUACAGUGGCCACAGCAGUCACGUGACCAACGUUGCCUUUCUCCAUGACAACAGUCAGCUGCUGUCCACUGGAGGGAAAGAUAUGAGCAUUCUGCAAUGGAAGGUUGUCUAAGGCUCUAAGCAACUCCACUGAAGAUUGUCUUUCACUGGAGCCCGCUGCCCAGGAGGGGGCAGUCCUGCUGUGCCUAAUCUCGUUUAUCUCCCUCACUCCUCCAGAAAUAAAUACGUAACUGCACUGCGCACGACAGCCACUAGAGGGGGCACUGACACUGAAAACAAAACUAAAAAAGUUUUUAAAGAAAGAUGAUAGAAGUACUGUAAAGUUUGUUGCAAUAACCUAAAAGAUUUUAUUGAAUGGUUGUGAAGUAAUUAUGAAAACGUGUUGAAGUAAAUUAGUUGUAGCGUGCUUCGUUUAACUAUACUUUGCUUGCUUUUGUUCUUUUUCUGUCUAAUAAAGAUUCUAUU